AUGCUGCCUGGUCUGCUUAAAAUGAUGAUAAUGGAUGACAUAGGCCCAUCUUUUGGCGGCGACGACACCAGCUCAUCGUCACCUCUUCCGAACAAUAUGCACCAUGGUCACAUUCGCGCUGCUUUAGACUUUAUCGGCAGUAAUACCACUGAUCCAUUAGUAAAGAAAGAAUCUGCCGAAGACACUUUUCAACUACCGAGUGCUCUAUAUUUUGGAAACGGUGAGAUGACCGACGACGAUAUGAACAUCACUGAUGAAAAUACUGCUUCAAAUGCAGCCACUGCUGCAGUAUCGUCAUCAUCUACCUCGGUGUCGGGUCAAGGUUCAUCAUCGUCUUCUUCCUCUACAUCGGAUAUUUGGAAAAUGUACUCUAAAGCGAGGUUUUCAAUGCUUCCCAAUCGAAGUCGUAUUGAAAAUCUCACUUGGAGAAUGAUGUCCAUGGAUAUUGUGAAUGCUAGAGCUAAUAACAAUCUUACACUAGCAUCGGCUCAUCCUAUAUCCAUGUCAUCCGGUGUCGAUAAUUUACAGUCUGGAUACCAGCUUGCUGACGGAUAUCCGCAAUUCAACUCAGUUUCCAGUUCUAUCAGAAACAUGCCUACAAAUCACCAGGUGCCAAACAUGAACACGUCAGGUGCACCCGAUUCAAACGAAUGGAGCGCUUAUAACCAGCAUCGUCGCAGCCAGUCGAUUGACACGUCACAGCGACCCUUUCAACCUGCAAAUGGCCAGGGUCAAAUGGGUCAGUUCAGUGUAAACGACAACCAGCAAUCCCAUCUUCAGCAUCAGCAUCAACAACAGCAACUACAACAACAACACCAUCACCAACAACAGCAACAGCAGCAGCAUCAACAACAUCAACAACAACUUCAGCAGCAACAACAACAACAGCAACAGCUAUCAUAUCGGUCGCAAUCAAAUAGCAACCUUCAUAGCCAAGCUCAACAACCAUCACGACUUCAAUAUCAGCCAACAGCAGCUGAUCUGUCAUCUUUACAACCCCAGAAACCCCAUGGAAGUCCGUCUUUUGCUGCUCUGUCGCCAAGUCCAUCCGCAAGUCAAAGUGGUCCUGGUUCUUUCGACUAUGCUGCUCAUAUCAAGAAGUUGAACAACACUAUACAUCAAAGAGAACAUGCUCCACCAUUAUCACGAGGAACUUCGUUCUCCCGUAAGAGACAGGCAAACUCCCCACUAGCACUGGCUGCCGAGGGUGUUUCUCCCGCUGCUACUAGCAGCAACCAUGAUAUGCAAAAUGAGGACGGAUUGGUGUUUGGAUUUGCUACUCCCGAAGAAGAGGAUAACCGGUUUAGAUUCUCACUGGAUCCGUUGGUUAUUGAAGGUUUGGAUGGAGGACUAUUUGGCCCGUCUCGACCGGUAUCUCCAAAACCAUCGUCUAAUGCCCACAGUUUGACCACUGCAUCACCUUCGGUUCUCAACAGCCAGCAUCAGCAUCAUCACCAACAAAGACAUCAUUCCUCUUCAUCCAAUAGCAUUCAACAAUUCAACUCAUCUUCCUACUCAUUCCAUUCUACUGCCAACCCACGAGACAUUCUCACACAUUCCCAUUCAUCAUCCACUGCUUCUAUUUCUGACAUGUACCAACUUCCUUCAUCAAUCCCAUCUUCAGCUAUUUCCAGUGGAGCCACUACUCCGACCUUUUCAGUUGCCAAUGGACGAGAAUCGAUCUUUUUCGACUCUAUUGCUAAACCAAGAGAUGACCGACGAGCACGAUUUUCAGUUGGCAUGGCAUCGUCUCCAGUUGGCAAUGGUUGGCAAGACUCGGUACCACAUCCACGGUCAUAUUCUGAUGUCAACAAUACUCUUCCAGGAUCAUGGCAUGGAGGUGAACACAGUCAAAACGCAAGCAACACGAGUCUUAGUAGCAGCAUGUUUCAACAGCGCCAGCUCCAAAAUGCUCGUCAUGAGUCUGCCAUGUCUCUAGACAUCAACAACAAUCCCAUGGCCGAUUCGUCUGGUGCAAACAAUCCAAACUCUAACAACCCAUCUUCGUUCCAGCAUAUCCAUCCAUCGCAACUUCACAACGGGUCCCCAUCUCUUCAAAGCGAAUUAUUCCAAAUUGGAAGUUUGCCAAACAAGUCUUCUACUUUCUUCUCUUUGGAUACACACGAUGAGAUGGACGAGGUUCAGUUCAACCAACCUCAAGGUUGGAAACCCAAGCUCACCAAGACCAACUCCGCUACUACCACAUCUGUCCUAUCACAACGUCUGGCUAACAGUCGGAAAUCGACAGUUGCUGGUGGUGCAACGGGAGUAGCUCCAUCUUUAGCUGCUGCUGCUAGUGCUGCUAUCGCUUCGACAGCAGUUGCGACACCCGAGAGUGAAUACAGUUCACCGACAUCCACGCCUUCAGGAACAGCAACUCCAGGAGCAUCCGAGUCCAGAACAGAUUCACCAUCUGCCGCCAGCAAACAAACAACCUCCAAACCUGCUAAAGAAACCAAACCUGCUGUUAGCUCAUCCUCGACUUCAACUCCCAUGUCCUGUACCAACUGUCUUACCCAGACAACACCACUGUGGAGACGUAACACCGAGGGUCAACCGCUCUGUAACGCCUGUGGACUGUUCUUAAAACUCCACGGAGUCGUAAGACCACUUUCCCUGAAGACCGACGUGAUCAAGAAACGAAACCGGGGUAAUGGAGAAGAAGAAACCACCACUACUAGCGGCAACAAACCACGGAAAUCCAGCUCCCGUCGCGGAUCCAUGGUUUCUGAGCGAGGAUCUGGCAGUGCACCUGGAUCACGACGUCAAUCGAUGACCAAAGCACGACCCAAGGUCACCCCAACCGUAGUAGCCGAGCAACUUCCCGCAACCGAGAAACAGCCCCGACAGACCACCAAAGUCAAACAAGAGCCCUCCGUUACCGUCACCUCGGCCAUCGAAGACACCCCCACAACAUCCCCCGAAAGACGCACCGGCCAGUGGGACUGGCUGACCAUGACACUAUAG